AUGGACGGACGAAGAAUUGGUGCAGAAGAACGAGGAAUGGAUAUAGAAGUUAGUAACGAAGGAAGAGUUUGUGACGAAGUAUGGAAGGUUGGAGACGAAGGAGGAGGACCUGGCGGCGAAAGGCGAAGUCCUAGGGGUGACGAAAGGCGAAAGCGCAGCCUCAGGUGGUGA